AUGAUAAAGAACGUACGAGACGAAAUACCACAAUUUAAUAUCACAAGCAUCUUGUAUUCCAAUUUUUUUUUUUUUUUACCAUUCGAAAUUUCUUACAAUUUGCCUCCAGACAUAUUUUAUUUUUCGCUGCUGAAACAUGAAUAUUUUAUUACGCAGAUAAAUCCAAAAGAGGCCCCUGUAAUAAUUUGGUUGCAAGGAGGUCCCGGGGACACGUCGCUGUUCGGGCUCUUCCUGGAGAACGGGCCGUUCGGCGUAGCCGCGAAGGGUCGACUGAAGCCGCGCAAGUACUCCUGGAGCGCGAACCACAACGUGAUCUACAUCGACAACCCGGUGGGCAGCGGCUGGAGUUUCACCGAGCACGCCGAGGGCAACGCCAGGAACGAGAGCGCCGUCGCCGGCAACCUGAAAGAGGCGGUCCGCCAGUUUUUCGCUCUUUUUCCGGAAAUUCGAGGAAACGAGCUUUACGUCUGCGGCGAGUCGUACGCCGGGAAGUACGUGCCGGCGUUGUCGCGCGCCAUCGCGGAUGGAAACUCGCGCGGCGACCGGCCCAAGAUCGGACUGGCGGGAGUCGCGAUCGGCAACGGCUGGAUCGACCCCGUCCAUCAGCUCGACUACGGCGAUUACCUGUACCAACUGGGUCUACUGGAUCUCAACGGCAGAGUGGAGAUACAAGCUCUAGAGAGGGAGGCCAAGGACCUGAUGUGCAGAGACGAGUACGCCCUGGCUGGCCUGGCCUUGGCGCGGAUGGCCACCAAGUUCAAGCAGCUGACCGGUCUUGAAGCGUACUUUGACUACCUGGAAGGGACGAAGGUGGUUGACGAUGGCCCAUCGUUUGCCUCGUGGAUACAGGGGGAGGGCGCCCGUAGGGCCAUUCACGUCGGCAAUUCGACCUUUCACACGGACAAGGCCAAGGUCGCGGGGUACCUCGCGGCGGACGUGGCGCAAUCGGCUGCGCCCGCGGUGGCGGACCUGUUGGAGCGGGGCUACAGAGUUUUGCUCUACAGUGGACAGCUGGACAUCGUGUGCGCGUACCCGAUGUUGGAAGGUUUCUUGAGGAAUCUCAAUUGGACGGGCGCCGCGGUGUACGAGAAGGCACCGAGGCGCCAGUGGUGGGUGGCUCAGAACCAGUUGGCCGGCUACUCGAAGAGCGCCGCUAACUUGACCGAGGUUUUGGUGAGGAACGCCGGACACGCUGCCCCGAUAGACCAGGGCUUCUGGGUGUGGGAGAUGAUCACUCGCUUCACUCGGCACCAGUCCUUUUAGCUGACCACCGAAACUACAAUGACAUUGUGAUUUCCGUACAGUAAGUAUAUCAAAGUUG